AUGGAAACCGCAGAUACAACGACAAACCUUUACGAGACAUUGGGUAUAUCUAAAUCAGCCACUGCUGACGAGAUCAAAAAAGCCUAUCGAAAAUUGGCAUUACGAUACCACCCUGACAAAAACCCCAACAGCGCAGAUCAAUUUAAAGAAAUCAGCCACGCGUAUGAAGUGCUUGGAGACGAACAAAAGAGAAGAGUGUACGAUAAAUAUGGAGAGCUCGGCUUACAGAUGAUGGACACCGUCGUGAGUCCUCUGUUCGAUCCACAAGUAGAGUCGAUGCUGUGCACCCUAUUGAUGUCAAUCUCUUUGUUAUUCUCAUUGGCAAUCCUCUUUUUUGCUUUUCUGACGGUGCGUAUCGAUGAGCUUGUUUUGUGGUCAUGGUCCGUAGUGUGGAUCCCAGCCUGGAUUCUCAACCUGUUUGCAUUCUACAGCAUCAUUCAAUACAUGCUAAAGCACAAGGACAGGCAAGACGACCAAGAGAACAGCGCUAUGGAUCCGAGAGACAAGGAAGAGCAUACCAACCAACGACCCCAGCAGCACAAUCGACAUAUGAAAAUAGCCAAGCAUUCUAUUUUUAUGCUAAACUUUAUACUGGCACUAUUAUUUCAGAUAUUUAUUGUGAUACGACUGGAUGGCAAGGUAAUGUGGACAGCAUGCCAGGUGUUUAUCCCUUAUUUUGUAUAUGAAGGGAUCCAAUUUUGUGUCAAUUGCACCAAAGCACUUGUGGGCUGCUUAGCAUUGAGAUCCUUGAACGAGUCAAGCAGAAUGCCGUCAUUUUUGUUCAAGCAGUUCUGGCUCAGUGCAUUGCGGUUUUCCUUGUUUUUGCUAAUUCCUCUGCGUAUUGAUCAAGUCAUCCAAUGCUCCUGGGGUAUCGUGUUUAUUCCGCAGUAUCUUGUGGGCCUAAAGUGGGCUCUGGAGCUGGUGUAUCGUUAUCGAGUGUAUUCAAGAAUGCCUCAGCCCGAUGUUGCACAUCAAGGUAAAGUGACAGUAUUGGCAGGAGCAGUAGCGUUUGUCAUUGUCGGUAUCUUGUUCUACGCUUUGGUUGGGUUGAUUGCAAGAAGAUUAGAUGGAUAUCUAUUUAUAAAAAUGUCCAAUGUGUUUGUGCCAUUAUUUAUAGUCUUUUCUUUCUUUUUAUGCUGCUCCGGCUGCUGUCUUCCCUGUCUUCUUCGAGUAUCCGCUGUAUCUGACUUGGAUGAGCAUGAAACACAAAUUCUGGUGGAUGCAAACAGACGUAUUACUGCAUCUGGUGAAUCUGAUGCGAGUGGCUCUGGUGCAACAGCCUUUACUCCUGCUAGUAGUCUUGCUAAGCAAUAA